UACCAGGAAGUGGUUGUUUUGCAACAGUUGCGUUACAUAUAUUUACUAUUACAUGUUCCCUCUGCGUUGAGCAUUUUUUAAAACAUGGAUAACAUCGAUCUUAAUCGUGUUGGGAAGAACUUGUUGAAGAGCACGGACACUGGAGAGAAUGUGGAGCUACAGUCUCUUUGGCAGGAUCGGUCGGCGGUCUUGUUUUUCCUGCGACGCUUUGGUUGCCAGGUGUGCCGCUGGACAGCGGCCGAGAUAAGUAAGCUGGCGCCUGACCUGAGCGCCAACGGCGUGGCGCUGGUGGGCAUCGGGCCCGAGGAGUUAGGCCUCGACGAGUUCAAACAGUUGGGGUUCUUUAAAGGAUCAGUCUACAUUGAUGAGCAAAAGAAAUGCUACAAGGACUUGGGCUUCAAAAGGUACACAGCUUUGAGCGUGGUGCCCGCCGCGCUGGGGAAGAAAGUACGAGAAACGGCUUCAAAGGCCAGCGCUGGCGGCAUCCAGGGCAACUUCGCCGGUGACCUGCUCCAGAGUGGAGGCAUGCUCAUCGUAGCCAAAGGUGGGGAGAAGAUCUUACUGCACUUUGUCCAAGACUCCCCAGGAGACUAUGUACCUUUGGAGGACAUAACAAAAGCGUUGUCCAUUUCAUCUCACGCAAAAGAGGGUCAAAGGCCGGUGUGUAAUGAUGAUGUUUGCACUCGAUGAGGACGUCAAGUUUGAUCCAAAUCUCAUCCAGUCAGGAGCAAAACAUGACAUUCCAAUGGAAAGAAACGAUUAUAUCAUCAAUUUGCUCCGAAAAUCGUUUUAAUAAAACCAAGACCAUACUUUACAA